AUGUCAAAUUAUUCAUACGGAGGUGGAGGUCCUGGACAAUUUGGUGGUGGAGGGGCAAGUGAUAUUAGACUUCUACCAGGUGAUUACGCUAACUUUACAUCAUUGAAAAGUCGUAUUAUCGUUGCAGCAGGUGCAGGGGGUCCAGAUACUGGAGAUUUAGGCGGUCCUGCAGGAUCCCUUGAAGGAUUUAACAGCAAUAAUAAUCAUGGAAACGGAGGAACUCAAACAUCCGGUGGGCGUGGAUAUGUCAAUGGAUCUUUUGGAAAAGGAGGAGGAAAUCCAAAUAGAAUUGAUGCAUUAGGAAAUGGAUCUGGAGGUUCAGGAUAUUUUGGUGGAGGAUCAUCAACAAUAAUCAAUGAUUAUGGUGGUGGUGGAGGAAGUAGUUUCAUCAGUGGUUAUCCAGGAUGUGUUGCGAUAACAGAAGAUUCAACAGAGAAUUCGAUCAAAUUUCGAACAGGUGAUUUCACAUCAAUUCACUAUUCAGGAUUAAAAUUCGAAGAUCCUAUUAUGAUUGAUGGAAAAAGUCAAAUGCCAUCACCAAAUGGUACUAAUGAAACAGGUCAUUCUGGCAAUGGCUUCAUCCGAAUUAUUAAAUAUCCUAUUAUUUCUGAUACAUGUAUUCAGAAUAUUUACCGCAUUAAUUUAUUUUCAUUUAUUCUAGAAUUUUCAAUUUUCAUAUUGUCAACUGAUUCAUAA